CACACUUACAUAAACACCACACCACACCCCACCGCGUCACCGCACAUACAUCACGUUCGUGAGCGUCUUGUGACUGAUCGACGUCUGUCAGGUGAGUACAUGGAUGGAUGGAUGGAUGGGCAGUGGAUCGGGUGCUUUUUCUCUGGGCGUCAUGUGUGCUGUGUUCUCGUGUACGCGGCGGCUCACGAGAUGUUGGUUGAAUGGUGAAGCCAAUACAAGAUAGAUGCCCUCAAUCACAUCAGCAUAUCGAUCCGGCCAUCCAUCGGUCCGUCCACACACACACACACACACCUUCAGACACACAUAAACACCACACACACGCGUGCAUGUAACAACAAUACAUCACAUUCGUGAGUGUCUUGACCGACUGACGUGACGUACCCACACCGACUGGCUGACCGACCGACUGACUGGCUCAACCCCCAUGCCACCCAAACACAACACCAAACAAUCGUACCAAAUCAAAUCACCACCUCUCCUCGCCCAUCGCAUUGAUUAUCCCCCCCGCCCCCCAUUCGCAAUGUUAUCGCGCAGCAGCCCCAUCGAGUCGCCGUCAGAUGACCCGCCCAUAGAGUCGCUCCGCUGGCUCAGCGGCUGGGGCCCACUGCCACCCAUGCCCAUCGUCAUCUCGACAUCGCUCUUGGUGCUGCUGCUGCUGUCACGAGACGAGGGCGAGGGAUAGUAGCUCUUGGUGCCCCUGCCGAAGGACCUCCUGCCGGUCAUCGGCAGCAAGGCGUUCCCCUGACCGGGCGAUUGCGUCACGCUGGUGGUGAUGGGCGUGUGUGUAUGGGAGUGGGGCCCGCUGAGAGACGGCUGGGUGCUGUGUGUGCCACUGCGGGCGGCUCCGCCUGUGUCUGACGGCCGCUCGACGCCCAGCUGCUGCAGGCGUCGCUGCCUUUCUCGGGCCAGGAUGGCCCGGCCCUCCUGUGCGUCGGUGAGCUGCCCCGCCAGCGUGUCGGAUGUGCCCGAGAAGACGUCAAAUUCAAGAGACCGUAAACCCAAAAGACGAACAAACCGCUGCACACAAUCACACACACAAUCACACACACACACACAGAGGAACAUGUGGUGACACAGAUGGAUGGGAGGCUGGAGGCCAGUCGUAUGUAUGUGUGUAUGUGUGUAUGUGUGCGCGUGUGGCCAGCUACCUGAUACAGAUUGAGCAGAUUGACGAUUGCGAGGAGGACGACAGCAAUGGGGAAGUAGAGGUUGAGCUCGUCACUCCCAAACACAGGCACCACCCGCAUCUGGCCGUAGAGCCCCUCGAAGGCCGUGUUGGGCACGUCGGCCAGCAGCACGAAGUGGAAGCACACGGGGGCGGCCAGUCGGCAGAAGGCGGCCGUGCAGAAGAUGAGGCUGUUGGUGUCCGUGUUGUGGUUGGUGUACAGCCCGUACCACCCCGCCAGCUUGAGCUGGAACACGCCCCAGUAGGACGUCAUCACCAUGUAAGUCAGCAGAGUCAGAAUCAGCGUGUGCAGCCCAAACAGACGGGCGGAUUGCGAGGCAGACGACGAAUCGUGCGGAGAAGUAGAGGGCGGGGGAGAGGGGGCCGUGGUGGGUUGGGCUGGAGACGAUGAGCUGUCUUCGUCAGCCGUGGUCGCCUCCUCUGUGUCGUGAUCCCCGAGGCGCCUCCGAUAUCGCUCCAUGUCCCUCAGGUCGAAGAGCUCGGGCACCACAAGCGCAGCCGACUCGUCAAUGUCCUUUUCCAUCUGCAGUGGGCCGCCGGCAUCGUCCAUCAUGCGGGGGUGAGGCUCCAGCCGGUCUGCGUCUGGCUCGUCUGCCCCGCCCACCACGUCCACCUCCACACCCAUAUCCACAUCAACGGGCAAGAGAGAGGACGAGUUGCCAAUAGCGUCUUCCUCAAAGUCGAUGCUGUCCUCGCUGUCGUCCUCAUCGAUGCCCCACUCCCGCAGCAGCGCAUCUGCCGUCGUGUUGGCCGCAUCCACAGGAAGAGAGAGAAGGGAUGACACAUUGCGAGCAGACGGCUGAAUGGGCUCGCUGCCGUUGGGGUGGGAGCUGGGCGGCUCGAUGGGGGCGGCGGCAGGUUCUCGCGGCACGGUUGCGUGGAUGGCCCAUGCAAGAGGGGAGAGGUUGACCUUGUCCUGGGCGAACAUGCUCGCCUCGCCGACCAGGAUGGCCAGGCUGAGGAUGGCCGCCGUCACACCCGCCAUGAGGCAGACCGGCCGCCUCAGCUUCUUGUGCCACAGGGUCAUCAUCCGCCGCCUCUGCCGGCGACACCACGGCCCCUGCAUGAAACACAGGGUGCCCCCCACGAUCGCGGGCAGCGACCUGCUGCGGUGCACGCCGGCCGUCUCGGGAUCCAUCGGAGGAGACAGCAUCAUCGAUGUGGCUGUGCCGCCCGAGCCGUUCACAGCUGCUGCUGAUGAUGGGGCCGCGCGUGUGGGGUCGGGAAGGAAGUAGCCAAAGUCGAGGAGCUCUUCGUGCAGCGGGCAGUCCUCAUGCAGAGCGUCGUCGACCAGGUCCUCCAGGAGAAAGCACGUCUGGCAGAAGCGCUUCCAUCGACACUCGGCGCGCUCUGCCUCCGCAAGACACCUCUUGACAUCGGCCCGCAGGUUGAUCAGCCGCUCCCGGCCGAUGUCGCGGCUGGUGGUGGUCUCGCGGUCGCGGGCGGAACCGGACACGCUGCUCCCGCCCCCUGCGCGUGCCAGUGGGUGCCUCUCAACCAUGUCGACCAGCUCGUCGACGUAGGGUCGGAGGGGGGAUGAUGGGUUGGUCUGCGAUGCGACGGAUCGGACCUUGCGGACGGCCUCGAGGAAGUCGUACUUGGCGCACAGCCUGGCCUCCUCGAGAGUGGUCGCCUUGAUGCAGUGCUCGUACAGCAUCUGGGAAGGGUUGGCCAGCUUGAACAGAUGGCGGGGGAUUGCGAUAAGGCCAUAACCUGAACAGCACAACACAACACGGGCAACAAUGAUGGGUGAGAGCUCCUAGCCGCUCUGAGUCCUUGCUGUAGAGGCGGACCGAGUAGCAGUGUGAUGGCAAAGAGUCCCCAUGUGUUUGCGAUGGCGAUGAUGAGCCCCGACCAGUGUGUAGAAAAGUCCCCCUUGGGCGUGAAGCCCAUGUAUAGCGUCACCAGUGACGUGACCAGCAGGAUGGCCAUGUAGAACAGCAGGUUCUUGCGCAGCGCACGCUUCAGUCGGUCACGGAACGUGAAAUCACCGGCCCUCUCGUACUGAUUGACAUGACAGAUAUCGUCAUAAACCAGCCAUCAGGUUGUGUGCGUGUAGGUGGCCACCUCUGCGAGAAUGGGAUAUAGUAUCCAGCAGAGAGCGAAGACGGUCCAGUACAUGGCCUCCCACGCCUGUGGGAGGCCCUCAGUCGCCGAUGGUGGUGAUGAUGCACCACCACCACCAACUGCUGACGAGCCCCCUGCAGCAGCCGUGAGAGUCAGCACCAUGUCCAAUGGCAGCGUCACCAGGAUCGACAGAGAUAGCACCAGACCUGAACACACAGCCAACACAUCAGGAGGGAGCAGUGGCAGCCGAGACUGUGUGAUUGGUUGUCUUUGUUGACCGACCUGAGAGUAUGGCGAAGAAGGCGAUCCAUGAAACGUCGUGCCUUGCGUGGUGGGCGAGGACCAGCCAGCAGGACACCAGCAGCUCCAGGAUGGUGGCCAGCGUCGUCACCACCUCCACCGACGCAAGCAUCUCGGUUACUCGGUUUCGGCUGGCAAUUAGGCAACGAUAGAUGCUAACCUCGAGCCAUCACACCAGCACGGCCAAGCUCUGG